UGUCCUUGGAUGAUUUUCAACAGAAAAUGGGACUGUGCUAAAGGCUUUUUUGAGCGAGGACCGAUCAGAAGCCAAAGUCGUGGAGGAGCUUAGCUUAAACACAAGAGGACUAAGCCAUGCCGCCGUGUUGACCAUGCUGAAGAGUGAUGCUGAUCAAGCCGUGUUCGUUGGAACCCACCAAGGUGUUUACAAAGUUCCGUUCCAACAUUGCAGAGACUAUAAUACAACCUGCCCAAACUGUGUUGGAGAUCCAUACUGCAGCUGGGAGAAUGGAGUAUGUUUGCAUUUAAGGAAAGGAUUGCAGGAUGCGGCAAAUAUCUGCCCCCCUGACGACAAAAUCAUCAUCCACAAUUGUCCAAGUAGGCAGGUCAGCUAUGUUCGACGCUUGAAUGUCCCCAACCAUCCCCUGAACCUGUUCGUAAUGGCUGAAGCCGCUAAGGAGGACAACGUUAGCAUUAUGGGCAAUGAAAUCCGUUGCCCUCCGUGCGGCAGUUUGCCGUACACCGAGAGCAGAUCCGUCAGUUCUGGCAGGGAGUUUCUAGUGUUACACAUCAAUGGAUCAUCUACGGAGCGUGAGAGCUGCUUGUGCUCUGUGGUCUUGGAAGUAGAGUGUGGCGAAACUAAGGCGAUUAAUUUCACUAUCACAGUGGAUGACUCCCCGCAAUUAAACUUGAACCAGGAGUGCCUGGACAAAUUGUCGAAUUAUGACAGGGACAUUUCGCAGUAUAAAUUUGGCUUAAACAGCUGGAUCCGCAAACAGGCCAAUUCCUGUGGUGUCGAAGAUCUGCAGACUUGCAAACGUCAUCCGUGAUCCGACGCGAUGUGUGAUUUCUGUAACCCAGGGAAGUGCAUUUCAACGAUUGCUGGGUUAAGGUUUCUUGCUUGUCAAUGAAACAAGAUGCGUGUGGUCCUCAUCAGGAUGUUGGAUUUUGUAUGCUUUUUGGUUUUUAUACAGAGCUUGUUGAAUGACUUAAAUAAUGGAAGUAGCCUGUGUGCAUUGUUUGAAAUUGUUCGUUAUGCCUGUAAUGCAGCACAUAAUAGGUGUGCAGAGAGAUCAGAAAGCUGUGUACUUCGAAUGGCAUUGUAUUACUCAGAUUAUAUUGACCAAUAUGUAAAGGACCCACUUAUGAACUGCUCAAGAUCCCAUCAUAAGGCUAGUUAUGGUAAUACAAUUUAUUUGGUUUAUUCGUUAACGAUAAGUUUGUUGUUUCAUUUUGGUAAUAAAAUAUAUGUAGACCGAUGUAAAAAGUGACAAAUUAUGUCAAAUGGAAACCUGUCGGCGUCCUCACGUCAUGGAAUCAGGUGAUGGCUUUCUGUUUGAAAAAAAUAUCCACUUAAUGGGUUCCCGACCAGUCAGAAAGAGUUGAAUGUAAUAAUUGUAAGUGUGCAGUGCUUCGAUUGCUGUGAUUAUGCACGGUAUGAUUGCGCAUACCGAGUUGGAUUUGAGACAAAUAUUUUGACACUUUUACUCUUUGGAAAUGUACAUAACAUCAAACAGAUAAAAGUCGAGUAGUUACAACCAUUCAAUGGUAUUAACAAUUUUGACACAUUUGGCUUGUUAUGUUUGAAGUGUUGUUUUGACUGCACUGCAAUAUGCUUGUAAAUCAGUAUCCAUAACUGUCUGUAUAGUUACACAAAUGGUGAGGGAAGUCCCGCUCAUAAUUAUGGCACUUAUUCACGAAGUGGUUUGAAAAUCUAAUUUGCUUCUUGGCCUCAUUGCACAUGUCUCGACUGACCAUGUGCAUGUAACAUUAUAAUCUUAGAAGAUGUUAUAACUCUUGCAUUAAGGUAGAUGAGACGAAGGUUGUUUGGCCAUCUAUGGGCGCGCCUAUCGCCAAGCUAGAAUGCAUAUCGUCUGCAUAGGGUAUUAAUUUAGCAACCAAAAUGGGAGACUAUGAGAUGAUUGGUGGCGCUAAACACGUCGGUCUGUUUUACUAGUUCUGUUCCAUCUUUCUCUGAGCAUGUGAACUUAGUUCUGAACCCCGAGCAAUACUCGAGCUUUACUCGAGCUUGGCUACUCGCACUGGUAGUUUUCGUGGUGCGUGUGUACAGGUAAACCACGCUCGCCUUGGGUAAAAGGCUAAUCCAAGGGCAGAUGGGGGGGCGAACGGGGCCAUAGCCACAAAAACAAAACAAACAAAAAAAAACCCCGAAGAGUUUUCUGUUUUAAUCAUCGUGAAGAUAUUAAGUGUCUUUAAGGGAGGUUGUUUUGUUUGGACAGAGCAAUUUCGUUCAGGAAAGCUGCUUAAUACAGGCAAUUCACAACACGGCGCGUCAACAAGAGUUUGACGCAGACAAACACACUCCACACGUAAUUUGGGGAUAUUUGAUUAAUUAAGAAUUGAGGAAACACACCAAAAUAUUAUUUUGACUACCUAGCACAAUGCCAAAUUUUUAAUUAAGAUAAUCAUGUAUUCGGAAAAAAAAAUCAAGUUUUCUGCGCACAGCACAGUUGGCAAGUGAGACUUUGUCGACUAUUCAUCCUAUAGUGUUCGCAAAGCAUCCCUCUCAAUGACAACCUCUCGUGUGAAUCGCUUGUAUUUGUGACUGGUGUGAUCAGGUAUGUAAAAGUACACCGAGGACACUGCCUGCCUUUUUGCACCCCCCUCCAAAAAAAGAAUCGGUGUGGAUCUACCCUUGCUUCCAAUAGCGUUUCAAAGUCUCUCAAUGGAAGCCAGUACCGCCAACACUUGUCAAUAGAUGAUACGCACAUGUCACCUUUCUCCUCACGGGACUGAAAUAUUCUACCACCCAUGAAGCCUCUAUUACUACGAAAAUUCCCCCCCCCCCCUGUUAGCCGCAUACUUCCACAAUUCGUGCGCGAAGCUUACGAACACCCCGUGCUAUUCAACAGGUUUGAAUCAUUGACAAAGAUUUUCCGCUCAUCCUAGGUUGAGGGUCAGGGAAGAAUUAGAUUUAAGCGCAUUUUUGAAACAAAAGCUUAUUCAAAGAUGUGCUAAUACAUUUUGCGGUUUAUCUAGGACUUUCCAUAAUUAAUGUAAAUAAAUAUCAGGGAAAUCUAACUUAAACCUAGGCAAAAGGUUCAAAUGUUAACUCAUUUCUUGUCGAUUUGUGUUCACUUAAAUAAAGUCCUUUGAAAUCAGGGUACACUCGAAUACAAUGAAGUGUGUCAAUAUUAGAGUUAGACCUACGGUGUGAAUAAGCAAAGAGUAAAACUUGUUUGUGUUACAAAAACCAAGCUGUGGGCAUGCAUUCGUGAUCAAGUGAUUUUUGUCAGAAUGGAAGUUUUUCUCUAAUCUAUCAGUAAUAUUACUAAAACCAAAAUGCACAAUAUUACGCCAGUAGACACAAAUUGCUGUGAUAGAGUUUAAGCUACAAAGGUCCCACGAAUAUGGAAAGAGUUUAUUUCCAAAUUGCGAUAAGUGUCAUUUCCGUAUCUUUCAGAAUGCAACCCUCUCUCAAUUGCCUGCAGUCAGGUUCUACAGCUUUUGGACGGCUAAACACAACGAGUCAACAUAGUGGGAGAGAAGUUCAGAGACACAUUGUACAAAGCUUCAUUUCCUCAAUGUGUCAUAAGUGCGAAAAGACUGUAUGUUUUUAGAUGGAUACAUCUCAUUUUGGAAAUAAAUCCUUCAGAGAUAAAACCAUUCUUCCAUUAAUGUUCUCAUUGAAAAUCAUGUUUAAACUUUGAUCUUAGUUAUUCUAAAACAUUUACAGCUAUGAAAGGAUAUAAUUGUACAUAAAACGUUUAAAAAAGA